AUGUUGCCGCCGACACAACCAACACCGCCGACAAAUCCACCUCCAUUAGCACCACCGUCUCCCCCACAACCACCUUCCCCUCCGCCUCUAGAGUUCAAGCUGAGUAAAGAGGGUGUAGUUCUCGAAAUUGGAGGCUCAAAUCGGUUUGUUAGAAAACAUGAGAUGCCUUUGAUCAAUGGCCACAGACCACCAUUGCAGCCGCCUUCUUGCCCCCCACUACCACCAUCGUUGUAUUCACCGCUAUUGUUGCCGCCACCAGCGUCACCACCACCAUUACCGAGAUUUGAGGAAAAGAACGAAGGAACGUAUUCAGAGUACCAACAAAGUCUCGAGAUGGUAACGGCUCCGUUAAAUGAAGUGACGGAAAAGAUACUAGACCCACGUUAUAUUCACUUAAGACUAGCCAAAUUAACCAAACAAUUGGCACUGAUUCCUCAAUCUCGCAUCUCUGUUUCUCUUCUGCCGAUUAAACCUCACUCAGCCGCCUCUUACUCAACCACGAUACCCCACGCCUUGAGGUUGGAGGCGUUGGCUUAUCCUAAUCUCACCUUUAAAACCUUAGGGUUCAAUAUCGGAUCCCUGUCAUCCAAACCACCCUCUAAACCCAUCAAGAACUUUAAGGGAGAACAUGAUGAAAAAGAGUUUUUGAGCAAUCUUGUUGAUUCACCUGGGCACGUUGACUUUUUUACUGAGAUCACUGUGGUAUUAUGUAUCACAAACGGUGUUUUAGUUAGUGUUGAUUGCGGUAAAGAUGUUGGUACCCUAGAAAAAGCUAUCAGCUGCCAAAACUUUGGAGAAAUAAUUCAUCUUUUCCUAAUUGUUAACAAAAGGGACAAGUAUUUCUCUGAACAUCAGGUGAAAGAAGAAGAAUUAUACCAAACAUUUCAAAGGAUUACUGAAGAUUCUAAUGGCACCUGGUCCAAACAUCAGGACCCCCUCCUGGGUGAUAUCAUGGUUCCCCAAGAAAAAGGUAAUGUUGCUUUAUCUACUGGGCUUCACGGUUGGGUUUUGACUCUAACCGAUUUUGCGAAAACCUACAACUCUAAAUUUGGUAUAUACAAAUCAAAGAAGAACAUUCGUCAGGAUUAUCAACGGGGGUCUAUAUUGACCAAACUUGGUGAUGAUUUGAAGUCUGACGAGAAAACCUUACAAAAGAAAGCCCUUAUAAUUCAUGGGCUGAGGGUUGAUGAGUAUUCAUCAACUGAAGGAGCACCAGUUGACCCCUCAGUUAGAAAUUUAGAUGCUCUUGAUCUUGCGGAGGAUUUGAACAACAUUGAGAAGGGCAUGCAGGAAGCAUACACAGAGCUGGUGGAGAACCACGAUAUGUCAAAGAGACACUACCAAGAUGAUGUUGAACAAUACAUGUGGAAUUCUCAAGUAGGUGGUUCCUACACGAAUACCCAUGGCAUGGAUGAAACCCGUGGAAGAAACACAAAAAGCACCCUCUUCCUAAAGGGAUACCAACUUGAGUAUCUGGAGAAGCACAGUUUUGAGGAAUUAAUCAAGAAGCGAUCUGAUUUCAUGAGUUAUACAAUAUUCAUAUGGGUUGAGAAGAUGAUCAAGGAAGAGAUCUCUAGCAAGGAGGAUAAGAUGGUUCAUUAUUUCCUACAUGUUGUCUCUCUAUUGUUCUCUUCAUUUGAACUUGAUACGAAGUCUGUUGUUGAUAUUAGAACCAGGGUGUUAGAGGAAAAGAUUGUAGCAACGCAAGCUUGUGGGUUGUUUGUUCUGAUUACAAAGAGUAUUUAUGUCCUACAUUUGGAAGAGUCUCGUGGAUAUUUGAUAUGGUCUACUGGUUAUUUCCAUGAAGAUACAUUAAGGGUUGCUGAUACGGCUGUUAAGAUGAGCGUGUGGGCUGCAAAGCAAAGAGAUGUGUGGGUUAAUGAACAUGGCGGUACAAAGAACAUGAUGAAAAGAACCGAAGAUGGGUUAAAGCUGAAAGAGACGGAUGAUGAACAGCAGCAACAGGAGAAGUUUGAGGGAUUUGUUGUCUCUUUUCUCGGGUUGCUUUGGGUUUACCUCUCCUAUUUGCCUCUACACGUGAUCGAGAUGACAAGAGUGACUCAUUCUUUUCUUCACCUUGAGGACAAGGUGAAAGUUUGGGCCGCCGGUAUUGUUAAGCCCAACUAA